UAAUUUUCGCGGCAACCCGAGCACUCGCCGUGUGGCCCGGUCGCUGCAUCCGAAGCAGCGACAGGUCGCUUAGACGCUUGGUGUAUGUUUAGUCUCAUAAGCUCGUUUCUGCGUCGUCUUUCAAAGCUAUCAGAAGUUGCAAGGUUUCCGUGCUUGGCGCGUACACCACAGAAGGGCGCACUGGUCUGAGAUAGCACAAUGGCAGCCCCCACCACCGAAGAGCUGAAGCUGGAGCUGGACACGUUUGACAUUGCCUGCGAAGAUGAUGCUGUACUCGACAAGAUGCUGGAGCAGUGUUUGUGCCACAGGAUACAAGCGGAGGAUAUUGUAUGCGAGUGGGUUGCCUUCAGCACAACUAAAGGCCUGUUAAAGCUUACUCUCAACAAUUUGGAGACUUUUGAGUAUGAGGUUUUGAAUAAGAAACCCAAAGGCUUAUCAAAGAAGAACAAGUUUAACGUGACUAAGGAUAUGCACUCCAUCCAGGACCUGAUCAAAGCAGAGGAAGAAGAAGAAGAUUUGUUGGACUCCUAUUCGACGCCAGCCAAGGGCUCUCAGAAGCGCGCCCUCACCACGCCCGAGCAGCCUCGGUCGAAGCGCGGUGGUAUGUGGGCGCCAAGCCCGACCCAGAUCCUCUCCCCUGCCAGCUUCUCUCCGAGUGCCACCCCCUCUCAGAAAUACAGCUUGCGUGGGGGCCGGGGCGAGGUGGUGGCUACGUUCGGGGCGGUCCAGGGCCCUCGCUGGGCAGGGAAAGGCCAGACUACGGUGCGGGUGAAACUGCUGGAGGGCCAUGAAGACUCACUCACCAGCUCCUACAAAUACAUGUUCCAGAGGCUCCGAGACGUGCGCAGCGUUCUGACGGAGAAGAUCGAAAGCUUGGGGGAGGAGCUGAGGACACACUUCAACAUCGAGGAGUUCUCUCCUGUCUCACUACCUGCUCAGGACACCGUGGCUGUGCUGGGACAAGUGUGCUGUGACAGUAACGGGAAGCUGAAUGCCCACUCUGUGCUGCUGGAGGCGAGCCAGGAGCAAGGGGCCAGACAGGUGCCCGUGGACCUGUCCGAGCUCCGGGACUACUCGCUCUUUCCUGGACAGGUCGUCAUCAUGGAAGGCAUGAACACCUCUGGUUCGAGGUUCGUUGCCUCAAAACUCUACGAGGGCGUGCCUUUACCCUUCAUCUCUGCUCCAGAGCUGAAGCAGGAGGUGGACGAAGUUUCUGAGCCUGUGAUGGUGCUGCUGGCCUGUGGACCCUACACCCCUUCUGACACCCUGACCUAUGAGCCUCUGAUUGACCUACUUGGUGUUAUUAACAAAGAUCAUCCUGAUGUCUGCAUACUGAUGGGCCCUUUUGUGGAUUCCAAACAUGAACAGAUCGAGAAAGCACAGGUAACAGAAACGUUUGAAACCAUGUUCUCGAGAUGUGUUGGCAGCAUUGUGGAUGGAACAAGAGGGACAGGGUGUAAGCUGGUGUUCGUUCCAUCCCAGCGAGACGCUCAUCACCACUAUGUUUAUCCCCAGCCCCCUUUCACUCUCCCAGACCUCAAAAAGGACGAUGUGCAGCGAGUGACCUUAGUCCCUGACCCCUGCACGCUGCUCAUUGGUGGUGUGACCUUUGGCUUGACCUCCACGGACAUCCUUUUUCACAUGGGAGCUGAGGAAAUCAACAGCGCUACAGGCUCGGAUAGGUUCUCGCGGAUCAUGAAGCACAUGUUAACCCAGAGGAGCUAUUACCCGCUCUACCCUCCGGCAGAGGAGGUCAGUAUGGAUUACGAGAAGUUUCAGCAGUACGGCCAGAUGCCGCUCACGCCCGACGUUCUGAUUGUCCCUUCUGAACUGCGCUAUUUUAUUAAGGACGUGAUUGGUUGUGUUUGCGUCAAUCCUGGGCGUCUUACCAAAGGGCAGGUUGGUGGAACCUACGGGCGCCUACUACUCCAGCAGAACCCAGCGCAUGUGCAGGGAGGCAGAGUGAGCCCAUGCCUCGCUGGGCAGUUGGUGAAAAUAUAACACCGUCCGAGUUUGUGUAUCUGUUCCACUCCAUUGUUCCAAAUAAAUACUGUUGCAAGAUA